CCUCCUGGUCCCCGCGGCCUCCGACAGGCACAGCCAUGGCCGAGGGCCAGAAACGAGGGGGCUUCAAGAAGUUCAAGUUUUUCAAGUUCAAAGGCUUUGGGAGCCUGAGCAGCAUCCCUCGCUCCUUCACCCUCCGGCGUGUGCCCGUGGCCCCCAGCUCUUCUGAGAGCCUGGGACCAGGUCUCCCUCCUCCCCACGGCUUCCUGGAGGAGCCAUUCGAUGGCACCCAGGAUGAUCUCAACACCAUGCCCAAGAGCCCUGGCCCCUACGCCCGGUCGUCAGAGAUGUACAGCCACAUGGGCACCAUGCCCAGACUGAACCUGGGCAAGGCAGGGAAGAGCCUGGACAAAGCCAAGAGUAGCCAGAGCUGCCCGGAGAAAGGGACCCCCAGCAACAAAAGCCCCUCGACAGCCCCGCUCCCCAACCCUGAGUCCCCUGAGAUGUCCAGCACCCCUGACUCGGGCACGGACUUGCCCUCAGCCACUGGACAAGAGCAGGAGGAAGAAGAGGCUCAGUCCAUGAACACCCGAGGGGCAGCAAUGGCCAAGACGGACCAGGAGCCUGCAGGUAAUGUCUCCUGCUCUGGGAGAGAGGCACCGAGCUCCAGCCUGGCCCUGAACCCCAGCCAAACGCCGAGCCCCAAUGUAGCAGCGGGAAUGGAGACCACCAAUGGGUACCGGCUGGAAAAGGGGCAAGAGCAUCCCAGCAAGGGCUUUCCAGACAGCCACCACGAUGGCCUGGAGUCCGGCAGCGAAUACGUGAAGUUCUCCAAGGAGAAAUACAUCCUCGACUCAUCACCGGAGAAGCUUCACAAGGAGCUGGAAGAGGAGCUGAAGCUGAGCAGCACUGACCUGCGCAGCCAUGCUUGGUACCACGGCCGCAUCCCCCGGGAGGUGUCAGAGAGCCUCGUGCAGAGGAACGGCGACUUCCUCAUCCGCGACUCACUCACCAGCCUGGGUGACUACGUGCUGACGUGCCGCUGGCGCAAUGAGCCCCUCCAUUUUAAGAUCAACAAGGUGACAGUCAAGUCCAGCGAGGGCCAUACCCGCAUCCAGUAUCUCUUUGAGCAGGAGAGCUUUGACAAUGUACCUGCCCUUGUCCGCUUCUACGUGGGCAACCGCAAGGCCAUCUCUGAGCAGAGUGGAGCCAUUAUCUACUGCCCCAUCAACCGCACCUUCCCCCUGCGCUACCUGGAAGCCAGCUAUGGGCUGGCUAAUGGCAAGCAUGGGGGACCCCACAGCCCCGCCACCCAGAAAGGGGGGCACAUCAAGAGGAGGAGCAUCACCAUGACAGACGGCCUGACGGCAGACAAGAUCACCAGGGCUGAGGGGUGCCCGACAAGUGUGUCCCUGCCCCACCACAGAGACAUCAUUCGCAACUGUGCCGUCAGUGUGGACCAGAUCCAAGACCUGCACUCCCCGAUGUCCCCCAUCUCCGAGAACCCAGCGUCACCUGCCUACAGCACGGUUACACGGCUAAAGCCACAUGCCUGUCAAGUGGCCGGGAUUGCCCCAGCCUCUCCGGUCAUAAGAAGGUCCAGCGAGCCCCAGCUGUGCCCAGGGAACAACAGCAAACCCCUGCCAGACCCUGCCCACAGCACCCACUCGACUCCCUGCCACGGGUAUGCCCGUGCCUCCCCCUCUCCCUCCGUGAACAGCUACAGCGACCCAGACACGGGGCACUACUGUCAGCUCCACCCCACCUCGCCCAUCAGCAGAGACCGGCCAGCUCAUGACACCAAGCAGCUGCCAACAAAGAGCUACGUGGAGAGGCUAAAGGUGGAGGAAGGACAGAGAGGGACUGUGGAGAAUGGCUCCGGGGAAGCAGAGGCAGGGCAGAGGCUGAAAGGAGAGAUGGACUUCAUGGGCUUUGUGCCCCCCACCAUGGAGACAACCUCCUCCUUCAACCCUGCGGCCUUCCAGUCCCUGCUCAUCCCCUUGGAGAACAAACCACUGGAGAUGGCCGUGCUCAAGAAGGUCAAAGAGCUGCUGGCAGAGGUGGACGUGAAGACGCUGGCCAAACACAUCACCAAAGUGGACUGCCUGGUUGCCCGGAUAUUGGGUGUGACAGUGGAGAUGCAGCGGCUCAUGGGUGUGAGCUCUGGCAUGGAGCUGCUCACCCUGCCCCACGGCCACCAGCUCCGCCUCGACCUGCUGGAACGGUUUCACACCAUGUCCAUCAUGAUUGCUGUGGACAUCCUGGGCUGCACGGGCAGCACGGAGGAGCGGGCAGCCCUGCUCCACAAAACCAUCCAGCUGGCUGCUGAGCUGAAGAGCACCAUGGGGAACAUGUUCAGUUUUGCAGCUGUGAUGAAUGCCCUGGAAAUGACACAGAUCGCCCGGUUGGAGCAGACUUGGAUGGUGCUGCGGCAGCGGCACACGGAGGGCGCAAUCCUCUAUGAGAAGAAGCUCAAGCCAUUCCUGAAGAGCCUGAACGAAGGGAAAGAAGGGCCGCCGCUGACCAACACCACCUUUCCCCACAUCAUGCCCCUUGUGACUCUCCUGGAGCGGGAUGAGGCUCUCACGGACAGCCCUGAGCCCUGGGACACCACCGACAACGGCGUGGAGGUGGUCAUGGCCCACCUGGAGGCGGCGCGGAUGGUGGCCCACCACGGUGGGCUUUAUCACACCAACGCCGAGGUGAAGCUGCAGGGUUUCCAGGGCAGAGCGGAGCUGCUGGAGAUAUUCAGCACCGAGUUCCAGCUGCGGCUGCUCUGGGGCAGCCGUGGGGCUGAAAGCAGUCAGGCCGAGCGCUAUGAGAAGUUCAACAAAGUCCUCACUGCCCUGUCCCACAAGCUGGAGCCGAUCCCACUUGGGAUCCCCUCUCCCGUGGGUGUCAUUUAA